AUGCCUUGGUAUCAGAUCUUCCAGGACGGUCCUGAAUACGAGGCUCGCAGGAAGAGGUCCAUCUUCACCCCCCCGAAUGUGACUCUCAAGGAUGUCCGCGACGCGGUACCAAAACAUCUUUUCGAACGUUCUACAUUCUGGGGACUGUUCUAUGUGUUCAAGCAUCUGGCCAUAACCUACUCCUUUCAUCUCUUUGCCACUAGAAUCGAUGUCAUCUCCCAAUUCCUAGUUGGCGGAUCUGAUGACAGACCCCUUCAUAGUCUCGUAUCUGCCUUCCUCUGGCUCACGUUUUGGGCAUGGCAAGGCUUUGCUUUCGCGGGUAUUUGGCUUAAUCAUCAGGCUGGCCAUGAUGCCAUUUCCUCAUAUCGUAUCGUGAAUUCCAUUGUCGGUAUAGUGCUCCAUACGGUUGUAUUGACUCCCUACUACGCGUGGCGUGCAACGCACCGUUCGCACCAUAAAGGGACUAACCAUAUGGACCGUGACGAGACUUACAUGCCACCUACGCGCAAAGAUUUUAAACUUCUGGAUGGAAAAGUGGCCGUCCGAAUGGACUACACCGAGAUACUGGAAGAGACACCGGCUUUCACACUCUUCAAGCUAUUUGUGCGCCAAUUCUUUGGAUUUCAACUAUAUCUUUUACAUAAUCGGAAAGGCAACGCGAAAUAUCCGGCGUGGACAAGUCAUUAUAAACCUUCGUCCCUGUUAUUCAAACCCGAACAACGCCGAUCGAUCAUCGUGUCAAACAUCGCCAUUGGUACCAUGUUGUCUAUUUUAACAUGGUUGACCUACACAUUUGGUUGGACAUCUGUCGUUAAAUUUUAUUUUGUGCCUUGGCUUUUCCAACAUAACUGGUAUAUUAUCAUCGAAAUUAGGCUGCUCGGUUUCCUAAUUACUCGUCUCACCAGGAUGGUCAUGUUCACAUAUCUGCAGCAUAGCGAUCCCACGAUUCCAUAUUAUCGAGGCGAUCAAUGGACGUUCGCUCGCGGUGCCUUGGCAACGGUAGAUCGCCCCUUGUUCGGAUGGGUUGGCAGAAUUCUCCUUCAUAAUAUUAGCACCAACCACUUGGCCCACCACUUCUUUGUUAGUGUACCCUUCUAUAACCUUCCUGAAGUGACGGAAGCAAUCAAGCCCGUACUCGGCGAGUAUUACAACUACGACUCUACGGGUGUACUGUUCGCUUUAUGGAGAUCAUUUACUCAAUGCACAUUCGUUGAGGAUGAUGGUGAUAUUUUAUUCUUCAAAAACCAAUAUGGAGAAGCUGUAAGCGAGCCUGCAGUCGAGUUCUCCUAA